AUCCUGCGCACAUUCAUCCCUCACAAGAACAGCGGACUCCAGCCAUGGCAGAAUUGGAGACGCGUCAGAGGCUGCUGCGCAACGUCAAGAAGGAGGUCAAGCAGAUCAUGGAGGAGGCCGUGACACGCAAGUUUGUGCAUGAAGACAGCAGUCACAUAUUCUCUUUCUGCGGUGUGGUGGAAGCGUGUGUUCUUCACGGCCUGAAGCGACGGGCCGCUGGAUUCCUGCGCAGCAACAAGCUGGCGGCUCUCUUCAUGAAGAUGGGGAAGAUGUUUCCACCAGCCGAGGAACUCUGCAGAAAAGUUCAGGAACUGGAGCAAAUCAUCGAGAACAAACAAAACCAGGGUCAGAUGAGUCAAGAGAGCGUCCGGAAACAGCCCCGGCCUCCAAACCUGUCGCCGCUGGCCAUCAAACACCUGUGGAUCCGCGCGGCCCUCACAGAGAAGCUGCUGGACAAAAUCGUCCUGUAUUUGGUGGAGAACAGCAGCAAGUUUUAUGAAAGAGAAGCUCUGCUGAGAGAUCCAGUUGACGGCCCAAUCCUCGCAUCUUUGCUUGUCGGUCCCUGUGCUUUGGAGUACACAAAAGCCAAGACGGCCAAUCAUUUCUGGACGGAUCCGUCGGCUGAUGAACUGGUGCAGAGACACCGCAUUCACAGCGGACACUGCCGCCAGGAUUCCCCCACCAAACGCCCGGCUCUCAUCCAGAAGAGGCAGUCGAGUGGCAGCAUGGAUGACCGACCGUCUCUGUGGGCGCGGGAUUACGUCCAAUCUCUUCAUCAAAACUCCAGAGCCACGCUGCUCUUCGGGAAAAACAACGUCUUGGUGCAGCCGACAGACGACAUGGAAGCAAUCCCAGGAUACCUCUCUCUUCACCAGACAGCCGAUCUGAUGACGCUCAAAUGGACACCGAACCAGCUGAUGAACGGAAACAUGGGGGAGUUUGAUUAUGAGAAAAGUGUAUAUUGGGAUUAUGCCAUGACCAUUCGUCUGGAGGAAAUCGUCUAUUUGCACUGCCAUCAGCAAGUGGGCAGUGGAGGUACUGUGGUUUUGGUCAGUCAGGACGGGAUCCAGAGGCCUCCGCUUCGCUUUCCUAAAGGCGGUCACCUGCUGCAGUUCCUCACGUGUCUGGAGACGGGCCUGCUUCCUCACGGACAGUUAGAUCCUCCGCUCUGGUCCCAAAGAGGAAAGGGAAAAGUGUUUCCAAAGCUGCGUAAAAGAAGUCCACAUGAAUCCAGCGAGUCGUUCUCGGACAAAGAGGAAGACGAGGCCACUGAUUAUGUGUUUCGGAUCAUAUUUCCUGGCAGUCAGGAGUUUGUGGCACCGGAGCUGAUGGAUCAGACGGUGAACAUGUGGCAACCCACGCCUAGGAAGUCGUCUUGUUCCUCCUGUUUGCAGAGCGGCUCGUCGGACGGCGGCCUUCCCAACGGAUGCAACCAUGACAGGGCUCCGCUGAAGCUGCUCUGCGAGACCAUGAAGCACCAGAUCAUCUCCCGCGCUUUCUACGGCUGUAUGUAUCACAUCAGGCUCAUGGCGUACGAGGAGGAGGAGCUGCUCCGGCUGGUGUAUUACGGCGGAGUGGAGCCGACUCUGCGUAAGGAGGUCUGGCCCUUCCUUCUGGGCCACUAUCACUUCAGCAUGAGCCUCACAGAGCGCAAAGAGAUGGACGAGCAGGUUCGAGCCUGUUAUGAGCAGACCAUGAGCGAGUGGCUGGGAUGUGAAGCCAUCGUGCGUCAGCGGGAGAAGGAGCAGCACGCCGCCGCUCUGGCCAAAUGCGCGUCGGGCGCCAGCGUGGACCGCGGCUUGCGCCAGGACUCCACCAUCAGCACAGACUUGUCUCAGAGCAGCAGCUCCGACAAACAGAGUCACGCCGGAUCACACAGCGACUCCAACAGCAGCACUCAGGUGUUCGGCUCUGUAGACGAGGUGGACCCGAUCGAAUCUGAACCCAAACCCAAAGACGAGAAGCUGCAGCCCAAAAUCCCAAAUGGCACUCUGCCCAACUGCACCAGUUCUCCAGACUCCGGACAUCCGUCAUCCCGUAACUUCUCCGUGACCUCUGCACUCUCAGACUGCUCUCCCAGCACAGAGGAGACAUCCACACAAGAGUCUGGGCCCAAAACCGCAGGCCGAGAGCCACCGUCAGGAGACCAGACGGAAGAGAAGACCAAAGAGGAGCGACCGGAAAACAGCUACACUACUCAGGACACGGUCAAAGAAGAUGCUAAGGUUUCACAAACAGUGUGCGUUGCUUCAGAAGCUGCGAUAAAACCUUUAGAAAGUGACAAACUUCAGACUUUGAAUUCGGAAGACAAACUCCAGACUUUGAAUUCGGAAGACAAACUCCAGACUUUGAAUUCGGACGACAAACCCCAGACUUUGAGUGCGGAAGACGACAAACCCCAGACUUUGACUUCGGAAGACGGCAAACCCCAGACUACUGCUGAAGACGACAAACCCCAGACUUUGACUGCGGAAGACGACAAACCCCAAACUUUGACUGCGGAAGACGACAAACCCCAGACUUUGACUUCGGAAGACGGCAAACCCCAGACUUUGAAUACAGAAGAUAAACCCCAGACUUUGAAUGCAGAAGACAAACUCCAGACUCUGAAUGCAAAACACACAUCUAAGACAGAAAUGCAUGAGGUGGCACAUUCAGAGGAUGAUGCAAACUCAAAAAACGCAGCUGAUUUGUCUGAAAGAGAAACUAAAAUGCAAAACAGUGCUGGAAAAUCUGAACAAAAUGACAUGAAUGAAUCACAACAGGAUCCUGUUGAAGAAACAACCAAAUCCUCAGAGUCAAAAGAGGUUGAGAUUAAAGAUCCAGGACAUGCGUCUUCUCCGUCUGGAGAAGAAAACCCAAAAUCAAAAGCAGACCCAGAAGCGUAUUUGAAAAUGGAUGAAGGCCAAGACGCCAAAUCUGAUCCACAGCCGUCGCUGGACGUUAGGAAAAUCUCUCAAACGGAUGAAAACAAAACUGAAUGUUCAUCUGAAGCACAGAAUGUGAUACGAACCCCGAAUGAAGCCAUCAGUGUGCCGCAAACAAUCGGCUGGGACGCCGGUCGAUCCAUAAUCAAACAGAUCACCGAAUCAGAGUCGGAGAGCUGCGGCCCCAUCACCUCCCUAUCGAAACAAUCUCCGGACAUGUCCGACGACUCGCCCUCGGCGCUGGAAAUGGAGGAGAUUGCUUCGUCGGUGGUUUAUAUGUCCUUGGAGAGCAGCGUGUCCAGGACGCCUCUGACUUUGGCUCGUCCCAUGGCACCUGCUCUGGAGCUCUGCAUGGAGCCGAGUAUCAACACCAGCCCGGAGGGAACAGACUCGGCGCUCUCCGAGGAGGAACCGGAGAUGGACAACUCAUUCCCCAAACCAGACUCUCUAGCCGUCACAGGAGACAAGAACGACAUCGCGUCUCCAGUGUCGUCUAUUGGGACCACCUACUCGCAGGAGCUGGUGGACCUUUACACACUUAAUCUGCACCGCAUUGACAAAGACGUCCAUCGAUGUGACAGAAACUACUGGUAUUUCACCCCGGACAACCUGGAGAAACUGCGCAACAUCAUGUGCAGUUACGUUUGGCAGCACCUUGACAUUGGAUACGUCCAGGGAAUGUGUGACUUACUCGCGCCCCUGCUGGUCAUCCUGGAUGAUGAGGCCAUGGCCUUCAGCUGCUUCACUGAGCUCAUGAAACGAAUGAACCAGAACUUCCCUCACGGAGGAGCCAUGGACACACACUUCGCCAACAUGCGCUCCCUCAUCCAGAUUCUGGACUCGGAGCUGUUCGAGCUGAUGCAGCAGAACGGCGAUUACACACACUUCUACUUCUGCUACCGCUGGUUCCUCCUGGACUUCAAGAGAGAAAUGGUGUACGACGACGUGUUCUCGGUGUGGGAGACCAUCUGGGCCGCACGGUUCGCCUCCUCGGAGCACUUCGUGCUGUUUAUCGCGCUGGCGCUGGUGGAGCUGUACCGCGACAUCAUCCUGGAGAACAACAUGGACUUCACAGACAUAAUCAAGUUUUUCAACGAAAUGGCUGAGCAUCACGAUGUCCCGAAGCUGCUGCUCAUGGCCCGAGAGCUGGUGAACAAGGUCCAGAUCCUGAUUGAGAACAAGUGAUUGACUUCCAUUAGCAAUCUGAAGACGCUCAGUGUCAUUAAACAAACCCUCAGCUCAAGUAAAUGCCAAACUAGUGUUGUUUUCAUCUGCCCAGACUUAAUAUUAUUAUAUUUUAGAUUAAUUUAUAGCGAAUGCAUAUUGAAAUAGGAAGUUGGGGGCAGGACAAAUCGCUCAUCUGAUCGCCAAAAAUGCAUAACAUUUAUUUAGUUAUGGACUCAAAGCUAAACUGAUUUUGAUUUCAUGGGGUCUGUAAGAGUAAACAUGACUGCGAAUAUAUAAGAGAUGAAGAGAGAUAUUAUAGUAAAAAAUGUAGGAUACUCAGAAUAGUUUUAUACGAGGUUGUGGAUGUAAACAAACGGCUAUGAAAUAUAUAAAGAUGAUCUAUGAAUGGCAGGGAUGGCGUGCACCCUUUCUAAGACAGAUUUUCUAAAAGCACAAAGUAUUAAAAAAUAAUGCUGUAUAUUUAUUUAUUUUUUUAAACGUGUGAAAAUUAAGACAAUUAUUAUUGCAGAUGUUUAGCAUACUUCACACGUCACUUCAUGAUGUUUGCACAGAAAAAGAGAAGGCACCUGUUUGCGUCGGGGAAGAAAGUGAUUUUUUUUGUCAUUUUCAGCUGAUUGGGAGAAUCUCGCCUCAUAUUUCACCUCUAAAUACAAAGGAAAAAAUAAGAAAUGAUAAUUGCAU